AUGAGGCCUUCCCGGUAUCCCCCGCACACACCCUCCCUGGCUUCUCCACUCCUCUUCCUCCUCCUCUCCCUCCUGGGCGGAGGGGCAGGGGCUGAGGGCCGGGAAGACCCACAGCUGCUGGUGAGGGUUCGAGGGGGCCAGCUGAGGGGCAUCCGCCUAAAGGCCCCUGGGGGCCCCGUCUCAGCUUUUCUGGGCAUCCCCUUUGCAGAGCCCCCUGUGGGCUCACGUAGGUUUAUGCCACCAGAGCCCAAGAGGCCCUGGUCAGGAGUGUUGGAUGCUACCGCCUUCCAAAAUGUCUGCUACCAAUACGUGGAUACCCUGUACCCUGGGUUUGAGGGUAUUGAGAUGUGGAACCCCAACCGAGCAAUGAGCGAAGACUGCCUGUAUCUUAAUGUGUGGACACCAUAUCCCAGGCCUACUUCUCCCACACCUGUCCUCAUCUGGAUCUAUGGGGGUGGCUUCUACAGCGGAGCAACCUCCUUGGACGUGUAUGAUGGCCGUUUCCUGGCCCAGGUUGAGGGGAUCGUAUUGGUAUCUAUGAACUACCGAGUAGGAACCUUUGGCUUCUUGGCCCUGCCGGGCAGCAGAGAAGCCCCUGGCAAUGUAGGCCUGCUGGAUCAACGGCUUGCCUUGCAGUGGGUGCAAGAAAAUAUUGCAGCCUUUGGGGGAAACCCGAUGUCGGUGACUCUGUUUGGGGAGAGUGCGGGUGCAGCCUCCGUGGGCAUGCACAUUCUGUCCCUGCCCAGCCGGAGCCUCUUCCACAGGGCUGUCCUGCAGAGCGGUACACCCAAUGGGCCCUGGGCCACCAUGGGUGCAGGAGAGGCCAGGCGCAGGGCCACACUGCUGGCCCACCUCGUGGGCUGUCCUCCAGGCGGCGCUGGCGGCAACGACACAGAGCUGAUAGCCUGCCUGCGGACGCGGCCAGCUCAGGACCUGGUGGACCACGAGUGGCACGUGCUGCCUCAAGAGAGUGUCUUCCGAUUCCCCUUUGUGCCUGUGGUGGACGGGGACUUCCUCAGUGACACGCCAGAGGCCCUCAUCAAUGCUGGAGAUUUUCAAGACCUGCAGGUGCUGGUGGGUGUGGUGAAGGACGAGGGCUCCUACUUUCUGGUUUACGGGGUCCCAGGCUUCAGCAAAGACAAUGAAUCUCUCAUCAACCGGGCCCAGUUCCUGGCUGGGGUGCGGAUCGGUGUACCCCAAGCAAGUGACCUGGCGGCCGAGGCUGUGGUCCUACAUUAUACAGACUGGCUGCACCCCGAGGACCCUGUCCACCUGAGGGAUUCCAUGAGUGCAGUGGUAGGCGACCACAACGUUGUAUGCCCCGUGGCCCAGCUGGCUGGUCGACUGGCUGCCCAAGGGGCCCGGGUCUAUGCCUACGUCUUUGAACACCGUGCCUCCACAAUGACUUGGCCCCUCUGGAUGGGGGUGCCCCAUGGCUAUGAAAUCGAGUUCAUCUUUGGGCUCCCCCUGGACCCUUCGCUGAACUACACCAUGGAGGAGAGAAUCUUUGCUCAGCGACUUAUGAAAUACUGGACCAAUUUUGCCCGCACAGGGGACCCCAAUGACCCUCGAGACUCCAAGUCCCCACAGUGGCCACCGUACACCACUGGAGCGCAGCAAUAUGUGAGCCUAAACCUGAAGCCGUUGGAGGUGCGGCGGGGGCUGCGCGCCCAGACCUGCGCCUUCUGGAAUCGCUUUCUCCCCAAAUUGCUCAGCGCCACCGACACGCUGGACGAGGCGGAGCGCCAGUGGAAGGCCGAGUUCCACCGCUGGAGCUCCUACAUGGUGCACUGGAAGAACCAGUUCGACCACUACAGCAAGCAGGAGCGCUGCUCAGACCUGUGACCCGGGGGGGCCUCAGGUCCCGCCGCCCGGCCCGAGCCCCUAGCUGUACAUACACUAUUUAUUUAAGGGCUGGGAUAUAACACA